AUGGACGGUAUUGCCGACCCCAGCAUCUUCAACCCUCCUGACAGCUGCGUCUUCGCAAAGGAGGUAGUGUACUUCUUUCUAAGACAUAUAAAAUGCGAGAGCCAGUACGGCGGCAGCUGUGUGAACUUCGUGUACAACCAGUGUCUGUCCGGCUACCAGUACACCUAUAAUGGGUGUGGCUUCCAGGAGAUGUGCUGCAUUCCCUCUGUACAGCCGUCAGUCACGACGAUAGCAGCAGGUCAGUGUGGGGUGGCAUUUCCCGAUCCACUACCAGCGACAAACAGAAUAGUAGGGGGCACAGUCGCCGCCCCUGGCGAAUUCCCAUGGCAGGUGUCUUUGAGGGUUUACGAAGCUAACAAGGGCCACGAGUGCGGGGGCAUCCUCAUCAGUGACCAGUGGAUUCUGACUGCAGCUCACUGCUUCAAACAGGAGAAGAACCCGUUUGCGUGGAACGCCGUGCUGGGAGAGUAUGAUCGUGCUGUAGUGGACGGCUACGAGAAGAUCGUGAAAGUGGAAACCCUCAUCGUACACAGCGGCUUCAACGCCACCACCAGCCAGAACGACAUCGCCAUGUUGAAGAUAGCGACUCACGUCCAGGAUUAUACUAAAUACAUACGUCCAGUGUGUUUACCGUCGAAGACGGAGACGUUUGACGGCAUGUAUUGCACGGCCACAGGAUGGGGCGCCAUGCACACAGACGGGUACGGGACUCGGCGUCUGUACAAGGUGGACCUACCUCUAGUGAAGAAUGAUAUCUGCUCCUAUCUGAUGGACCAGACAAUCCCCAGUUCCGAGCUGUGUGCCGGCAACAAGCGCGGGGACAGGACACCUGGUGACUCCGGCGGGCCACUGGUUUGCAAGAGGAACGGUCUCUGGGAGGUAGCCGGAAUUGUAUCAUGGGGCUACAACUGCGCAGACGCAUACACACCUGGCGUCUACACGAAUGUGCCUUACUUCCGGGACUGGAUCAAUACCGUCAUGCAAUACUAACCAAGUCAACCCGCCGGGGAACGGAGCUCACUGGACUACACUAUCUCUAGACCGUUGUCGCAUCCUGUACACACAUUAAACACAUAGCAAACA